UAUUAUGACCAAUCACAGGAUUUUUGUACGUGUGUUAGUGCAAAGUCGGUGUGACUUUGAGAAAUUGCGUGUUGACGAAAAAUUUGCGUGGCUUGACGAAUAACGUGUAAAUACAUUUAUACGUUGGAGCUGAUUUUCGUAUAAAAUGGAUAAAAAGAGAGGAUAUAGAAUUUGCAGCGUUCAAAAGUGCCGAAAUAAAACCACAAAACCAAAUUGCCAUUUUUUUCACUUUCCUAAGGAUAUUGAACGGUUAGUUAAGACAAUGGGCAAUUGUAUGUGGUCGAGAAGAUCUUUUGGAAAAGUCACCAAAAAAGCUCAACCAACUCUCAAUUUGACAGAAAAUUUAGAAAGUGUUGAAAAUAAUAUGGAUUGUGCAAAUGUAAGCGCUGGCACUUCAUCUGGCAUUCGACAAAUCACUCGUUCGUUGGAAGAGAAAGAAAGGUUGCAGUUUUCUGCAGAGCAUGAUGUACAAGUGGAACACAAUUACGUGAACUUGGAACCAGUUGACACCACCAAUUGUCUUCAGAUUUCAAUUACCGAUUUUGCAGCAAACAACAGCAGUGUGACAGAUUCUAAUAUUGUAGUUACUGCAGAGCGUCCCAGUGCAUCAAGAACCCAGUGUGUUAAGGACAGCAGAGGAGCCCAACUGCCACACAGUCAAAGUAUUUAUAAAGUUACUCAAACUCCGCAGUCUUUAUCUGCUCAUUCUCCGAGAAAAUUAAAGCUACAACAAAAAAUAAAAAACCUAGAAAAAGAGAUUGUCACUCUGCGUGGAAUAAUCAAAAGAAUUGAAGAUGUAACUGAAGAUCAAUUUCUGAAUGCCUGUGAAAAAUUUAUGUCACCUCUAAUAGCAUUGUUCGUAAGAGAGCAAGUAUUAUCUGGCAAGAAAAAAUACCAAGGUCGGAGGUAUUCUCUACAACUUAAACAAUUGUGCUUGAAUUUAUAUUUUAAAGGGCCAAGAACGUACAGGAUGUUGUCAUCAAUAUUUUAUUUGCCAGCCAGAAAGACUCUCAAUAGAAUGACAACUAAUAUUUCUAUUACGAGUGGUUUAAACCAAAACGUAUUAAAUUUAUUAGCCGUUAAAUUUACUACUAUGCAAGAGUCUGAAAAAAUUUGUGUGAUAUGCUUUGAUGAAAUAUCAUUAAAAUGUCAUUUAUAUUAUAAUACAAAGGCUGAUGAAGUUAUUGGUUUUCAUGAUAAUGUACAUACGUUAAAUAAAUUGAAGAAAAUUGUCUGA